CCUUUAUUUCUGAAGUGAAUGUAUGGUACAGUAGAGUCUCACUUAUCCAACAUUCGCUUAUCCAACAUUCUGGAUUAUCCAACACAUUUUUGUAGUCAAUGUUUUCAAUACAUCAUGAUAUUUUGGUGCUAAAUUCAUAAAUACAGUAACUACUACAAAAAGCAUUAUUGCAUAUUGAACUACUUUUUCUGUCAAAUUUGUUGCAUAACAUGAUGUUUUGGUGCUUAAUUUGUAAAAUCAUAACCUAAUUUUAUGUUUAAUAGGCUUUUCCUUAAUGCCUCCUUAUUAUCCAACAUAUUCACUUAUUCAACAUUCUGCCAGCCCAUUUAUGUUGGAUAAGUGAGACUCUACUGUACUAGAUCAUUGUUUCAUUGUCCAGCUGUAUAAUGACUAUUACUUGAAUGAGAAUGCAUGGGUCAUGAGUGCCUUCUUGUUGAAGUGGCUUGAAAAAGAGGGAGGAAGGGUAUUCACUUAUUUCAUUUCAAGAGUUUGCUGGUGAUAAGACUACCAUCAAACAAGCAAAGAUAUAUACAUAUAUACUAUUUCAUUAAAAAUUGAUGUCGUCCUUUAUUUUAACUAUGAAGAAGCAGAGCUGGGGACCUUGAAAUUCAUAGAAUCAUAGAAUAAUAAAGUUGGAAGAGACCACAUGGGUCAAGAAAGGAGAUUUCACCUGAACAUUAGGAAGAACUUCCUGACCGUAUGAACUGUUAAACAGUAGAACUCUCUGCUUCGGAGUGUGGUGGAAGCGUCUUCCUUGGAAACUUUUAAACAGAGGCUGGAUGGCCAUCUGUGAGGAAUACUUUGAAUUUGCUUUCCUGCAUGGCAGGGGAUUGGACUUGAUGGCCCAUGUGGUCUCUUCCAACUCUAUAAUUUUAUGACAUCUAAGCUCAUGGGACAUUCCCCAUAUCUGUUUAUUUGAGAUUAUUGUCUUCUAGCUGUUUGGUACUUACACUCAAGUAAAUAUGGUACAUCCCAUAGCAUUUUCCCCAUCUAAGAAGUUUCUCUCUCUAUCUCUCUCCCUGCCCCCUCCAAAAAAAAAAGUCAUAAGAUCAGUAAGGUUUAUUUUUGAGAAACCCAUGCUAUGAUGUUCUUAAUUAUGACAAACCUCUCUUUGUCCUAAUAUGAAGAUGGCUGGUUGGCAGCUGCCUGAAUGGUCUUUCUUUCUUCCUUUGCAAAUUUGAAGUGUCUAAGAAAAACCAGAUAAAAACCAAAUGUCUAUACAGAAUAUUACAGUUUUGUGUAUGUUUACCUGAGAUAUUGGUAAAGCAAAAGUGAGUUCAUAUACUCAUCAAUCCAUCCUCUUGGAGUUGUACUUAUUGUGGAUAGCAAACCCUGGGAAAUUUCAAAUGGGGGGAGACAGUCUUUCUGAUGUCCUGGAUCUAGUGUAUUUAGGCCUUUGUUGGGCAGCAAUAUAAUCUUAAUUGAUUUCAGAAAAUAAUAAUAAUAAUAAUAAUAAUAAUAAUCAUCAUCAUCAUCAUCAUCAUCAUCAUCUUUAUUUGUAUUCUGCCCCAUCUCCCAUAGGAGACUCGGAGUGGCUAACAUCAUAAAAGGCAAGUAUUCAGUGCCAACAAAGCAGUGUGUUCAGGAGCUUUGACUUGUGCCACCAGAAAAUAGGCUACCUAUUGUAUUUUUUUCUGGUAAAUAAAAACCCAACUCUGAAAUUUCCAUAGUAAUAUUUUGCGUAUUCCGAUUCCUAUAUCUAAUAUGCAUGGAUUAGUGUGGAAGGGCUGAUAAUUUGUAUCCUUUACUUGUCUAUUAUAUUGCUUUCAUUAUAUAAUGGGGAACAUGAGCUCACACAUACAAUCAGGCUUCUGAAAAACAAAAUAUCAUGGAAUAACUUUAUCUGUUCAGUGGUUCAAAUCCGUAUUUACCCUCCUGCUUUCUGAUCAGCAGUGGGAUUUCCCAGGUUUUCCUUUGUGGGCUAAAGCUGGUACAAAGCUGUCUAUCAGGGCCCUGGCUUGUUUCCUUCAAGCGCUAUUAAUAAAGUCACUGAAACAGAGAAAUGGGAUCUAUCUGGAACUAGUCAGAUUGUAGUGUGUGUGCAUGUGUAUGUUUUCACCCUGGGAGCCAGCUGGGGUGCCUGUGUUGUAGAUAAAUGCAGUGAUGAAUGGUGGGUCAAAGAAGGAGCAGGCUGAUUUCGCUCCAAGCUUGACCCUGUCUGGGGUCUGACAUUUGAAAUGACAGGUGCAUUAAAAAGUUAUUUGUUUGGGGUGGAGGGGAAAGGAGAGUCGAUUGCAGAACUCUGCAAAGUUAGCACCUGGCCUAAGAAAAAUGCUGGAGUAAAAUAUUCCACAUUCUUCUUAUAUUACAUAGAAAGUAUUACCUCUAUGAAAUCUAUGAUAUGUUUCUUCUACAAACUCUUAUGCUGGGCAAACCCUUGGACACACUGAUACACUAGGUCAGGCAUUCGUCUUGUAGAUGAGCAGGAUAAAUGGGUUUGUCGUAGUGCCUGUUGAGAUAACUAUGGGGACAUCAUUAUAAUCUCCCGCAAAUCACCCAGCUAUCUCCUUAUCACUGACGUCUUAAGCAGCACAUUUUUUAAAAAAAAUCUGUCUAAAAUAAGUAUGACUAGGUGAAACAAGGGAUAGGAUUUCUAUCUCUUUAAUGGAUGUGUAGAAGAGAGAAUUUCAGCAACAGUGCUACUAAUAUACUUACUUCACCUGGCAACCCUGUCUGAAACUCACUUUCUCACAAGAGUAUGGAGCAAAUAUCUAUAUUUCUUCUUUCUUAAUCUUUUUCUGUCCAGACUCUACCAUUUUCUAAACUAUAGAAAAGGAACGGCGAUGCACUACAUGACAGAUUCACCUAGCCAAAACGAAGAGGUAUGCCAAAAAACGAGUUAGAUAGAGGAGGAUAAUUUUCCAAGGGGGAAAAAAAACAUUUCUUGCAAUUAUUCUCUUUCUCUGAUUUCUGUGUGUUCCAUUUCAACAUUUCCACCUUUUCCUGCAUCUUGACUAGUCACCUCUGCUUCCCUAACUCAGCCACUUCCUAGUUAAUCCCAUUUUCCUAGGUUUAGUGCACUGCCGAUAUCCUCUAUUUUUUGCAGAGAGUCCAUGAGUGCAAAGAAUGCAGCUCCCCAGUUUUGUUUGCUUCUGUAUUCAAAUUUUAAAACUUCAUGGACCUUUUGACUUGAAAACCAGCCUGACUUUUCUAUGCAGUUCCACAGCUAAGAUUGUGAUAAAGAGAAAACUGUAUCUCUAAUCAAGAAAAGAACAAAUUAGUACCUGCUGCUAUCAAUGUAGAAAUUGGAAGGCAAUGUCCAAUUCAUGUACAAUUUUCUUUCCUCAAACUGCAGGUUAUGGUUUGUAGUUAUGAGCAGUUUCUUAAAUUUGAUGUCAUGUAGAGCCUAUUCUUAAUGCAGUGUUGGCUGAGUGGAAUGUUACUGUACUAAGAUGACCAUUGGCACCACACCAGUAUCAUAAAUGCUGUUGGCAAAAUGUCUUUUCCAUGCUUUGGUGGAGGAAUAUUUGAUCACACAAGGGAAAUCAAAGAAGUAGCUGUGGUAAUUUGUUGCAUCAGAAAAAAGAAGGGUAUAAAAACAGUAUUAAUCUAUAUUGCAUCUGAUGAAGUGGAUUUAUAUGUAUAAAUACUCAUGCUAAAAUGGAAAUCAGUCAUCAAGCUGCUGCUAGAUUGCAUAUUUUCUAUGAAGCCCCCCUUUCUUUUCUUUUUAACUUCAUCUGAGUGAUUCCCUUGCUCAUUUCAACUUUUCGCAGACCAUAGAUGUAAUGUGAGAAGUUGUGGCCUAGGAGGAACUUUGACAGGUACUUUCAGGCUUUAUUAUGAAUGUUGGCAUGGGUUCAAAAAUCAACAAUCUGAAUAAAUGGUUUAUUGUUGACUGGGCUUUCUGUUUUCAAGCUAACAGUGAGUGAUCAUUGACCAAUCCACUGAUCUGGGACAUUACACCAAACAGAUAUUUUUCAGCAAGGAUUCGGUAAGGAACAAUCAUAGUGAAGUGAUCUUUUUCUGAUUGUGCCUUUGAACUCAGGCUUUUGUUCUAGACUGUAAACAGCACUGUGACAAGAAAAAGUCAUCUCUGUGCAGUCAGUGAGCAAAAAUUGUGUGAACUGAAUGAUUUAUGGCAGAACUCCAGAGGUCAUACAUCAGUGCUGAGCUUACAAACUCUGACGAAUUUCCCUUGGUCAUAAGGCAAUCAAAAUGCUGGACUACUGAUUGAGUGCACCAGAGUAGCUGGAACCUGAGAUUCUGCCCCAAUAUUUUGGUUUCCAAGUUAUAUUACAUCUGUAAUAAGGGAAAUGAAUGCAUAUGUGUUUUGACAGUCAUAAGUCAACCAGACAUCAUGGCAAAUGUCCUAAAAUCUGACAAAGAGUUUUUUGGUUGUCAUUCAAAUUGUAGUGUUAAUUUUCAAGUUCAAAUUCCAAAGGAAGAGUUGCAAAAGCAAAACAAACAAAUAAUAAUAAGCAGCAUGUAUGAAAUUGUGGUAGAUCUCAAAAUUUGGCAAUGUUUUUAGUUGUCAUUCAAACUGCAGUGCCCAAUUUCUAGUCUAAAAAAGGUAAUAGAAGCAAAAGAGGGAGGACUGCCAUAUUUUGAUGGAAAGUCAUAAUCUGGAUUCUAUUACCUGUUGCAAAUUGACAUUUUAAGCACAGAAUUUUCUCAUUUAACAAAAUGGGGCUACCAUCAUUCACUACGAUUUUUAAGUGCUUGAAAAAGGAAAGAGUUAUAUAUGUGAAGAGUCUGAGGAAUUAGAAUGCUAGAGAUGUAGAAGAAGGUUAAAGCACUUAUGCUGAAAUAACAGAGGUUAAAGAAUGUAGGAAAAGUAACCUCAAUGGUUACUAGCCAUGCUGGCUAUAUAUUAUAUCAACUUGGUAUGUCUAUCAGUACUAGUUGCUGGUGAAGAUGAGUUGAGGUGUGCUAUCAUCAUCCAUCAUAAGUGGAGGAUAGCUCUAUCACCAAGGAGAGGAACGAUCCAAAGACUAUUGGUUGACACCAAACUAUCUGCCACUUCAAAUAUUUUGGAUAGCCUUGACAAAAGGUACCACGGGCUAAAAAUACUGCCGCUUAAUGGCAGGUUGGCAAACAGAAAAAUAUCCUUGAUCAAAGACUUAAUCCAAGAUGAGCAUACAAACCUGGCUUGUAAUACUCACAACUGUAGUUUUGUAGCAAAGCUUUCAGAGAUCAACAAUUUUCUCUACCAUCAGAUAUGGCUGUAAAAAUAGAACAUAAAAUUUUGUUAAAUGUAAUCUUUCCUCCUCCUUCAAAGUUAUUACUAAACUUCUAGUUUUCUUGUAUUUGACUCUCUCCCUUGUUGCUAUUGCCAAUUAUUAUUAAAGUCCUUUAUGUCUUCAGUAGACACAGAAUAACAAUACAGCUUUAAAAGGAGAUUUGAACACAAGUUGCUGCUUCAGAAUUUUGGAUUUGGUGAUUUUCCAGUGUCUUUAUGAACAAGAAACUGCCAUAUCCAUCCUACCAUGUGGAAUAGAGAUGUCUUCCCAGGAGAUGUUAAUUUUCUUUCGAUUGCCAUUUUUAAAAUGUGGGACAAAUCUCCACUAAGCAACCUGGUUCUUAAUACUCUUGAAUACAUACAAACUGCUCAUAUAGUGUAUUUGAUGAAUGUUGCAAAAUAACAAUUUACAGUAUAGUUCAUUAUCUUCCCCAUAGCAGCAGGAUUUCAAAUGAAAUAAAUAUUUACUAAACAUUUUUAAAUGACUUUUUGAGCAGCUAAAAACUCUUUGUUGUAUUUAAUGCAACACUGAAGGCCCCAUGCUGAGGUUAUUUACCAAUUUGUUUCAUGACAUGAGAAGAUGGAGUGCAAAAUGGAAAAUAUAUACAUAAUCCCUUGCAUUAAGCUCUCUUUCCUGUAGUGAGCAUGUUCAGACAAAGUAACAUCUACUUUUUAUUUUCUUUUGGGUGGUAAAGUGUGACACUUAAGAGGCAAUUCUAUCCACAACGGUUGAUUUAAUGGGCCAUUUGGGAGAAAUUGAUGCUCCUUUCAAUACAUAGCCCAAACAUCCAGAUAACUGAUGUAGCUACUUGUUAAAAUACACCCAGACUGCUGUAAAUACGUACAACAUACAAAAGUUGCCUGCUAAAUAUAUUGCCUUCUAGCAAUAAAUAUAUACUUGGGGACUAUAAAUAGCUUUGGGUGGCAAUGAUAUAGCAGUUAGGUGUGUACAAGUUGAAAGGUAAGCCACUCACUCUGAAACAUUUGUCCAACCAAAGGGAAAUUGAUUGUUUUAAUCUAUGUAGUAUGUACUUCAAGUAUGCAUGUAGUUGAAGUAUAUACAACCAUAUGUAAAGGGAGGUAAAGAGUGUUGAAUGUGAUAGCUAUAUGAGUGUGGAAACAUACGAUGUUGAGAAAGUACAAUGUGAAGCAUUUUGCUUGCAAAUGGCAAUAGAAAUUGUGGGACUCUCCAUUCAACAUGGCAGGAAAAAGGGUUAAGAGAUAAAAUGUGAGCAAGAUUUAUGUAUCAUAAGGUUGGCAUAUCUUAUUUGUAAACUACACCCAUCAUCUCAAUUAUUUGAGAGGCACAUAUUCUCCCAAAUACCAGGGGAAAAUACAGAAAUCAGAAUUUUAACCCUUAUGGUACAUCACAAGUCUAACCCAGAAGUAGCCAAGUCUGUAGGGAAAAGGUUCACAAAACUAAAGCACAAAAUGAGCUCAGGCUUGCCAGAGACAUUAAAAACAAUAAAAGGGCUUCUUUGCUUACGUUGGUAGAAAAAGGAAGAACAAGGAGGCGAUAGUGCCUCUGUGAGGAGAAGAUGGGGAAAUUCUGACAGGGGAUAGGGAAAAGGCAAAACUACUUAAUGCCUUCUUUGCCUCAGUCUUCUCACAAAAAGAAAGCCAGCCUCAACCUCAGCAACAUGGAGUGGAUGAAGGGAAAUCCAAUCCCAAAUAGGGAAACACGUUGUCCAGGAACAUCUGGCUGCUCUAAAUGAAUUCAAGUCUCCAGGGCCGGAUCAACUACACCCAAGAGUAUUGAAGGAACUAGUGGAAGUUAUUUUAGAACCACUAGCAAUCAUUUUUGAGAAUUCUUGGAGAACGGGAGAAGUCCCAGCAGAUUGGAGGAGGGCGAAUGUGGUCCCUAUCUUCAAGAAGGGGAAAAAGGAUGACCCAAACAAUUACCAUCCGGUUAGCCUCACGUCGAUACCAGGCAAGAUUCUGGAAAAGAUCAUUAAGGAAGUGGUCUGCAAACACUUAGAAACAAAUGCGGUCAUUGCUAAUAGUCAACAUGGAUUUACCAAAAACAAAUCAUGCCAAACUAAUCUGAUCUCUUUUUUUGAUAGAGUUACAAGCUGGGUAGAUGCAGGGAAUGUCGUGGCUGUAGCGCACCUGGAUUUCAGUAAGGCCUUCGACAAGGUUCCCCAUGACCUUCUGGCAAACAAGUUAGUCAAAUGUGGGCUAGGCAAAACUACGGUUAGGUGAAUCUGUAAUUGGUUAAGUGAACAAACCCAAAAGGUGCUCACCAAUUUGUCGACUUCAUCUUGGAAAGAAGUGACGAGUGGAGUGCCACAGGGUUCCGUCCUGGGCCCGGUUCUGUUCAACAUCUUUUUUAACGACUUACAUGAAGGGUUAGAAGGCACGAUCAUCAAGUUUGCAGACAACAUCAAAAUGGGAGGCAUAGCUAACACUCCAGAAGACAGGAGCAGAAUUCAAAAUUAUCUUGACAGACUAGAGAGAUGGGCCGAAACUAACAAAAUGAAGUUCAACAGGGACAAAUGCAAGAUACUUCACUUAGGCAGAAAAAAUGAAAUGCAAAGAUACAGAAUGGGGGACGCCUGGCCCGACAGCAGUAUGUGUGAAAAAGACCUUGGAGUCCUUGGUGUGUCUUAAGGUAAAGGUAAAGAUUUCCCCUGACAUGAAGUCCAGUCGUGACCGACUCUGGGGGUUGGUGCUCAUCUCCAUUUCUAAGUCGAAGAGCUGCCAUUGUCCCUAGACAUCUCCAAGGUCAUAUGGCCGGCAUGAUUGCAUGGAGCGCCGUUACCUUCCCGCCGGAGCAGUACUUAUUGAUCUACUCACAUUUGCAUGUUUUCGAACUGCUAGGUUGGCAGGAGCUGGGGCUAACAGCGGGUACUCAUUCCACUCCUGGGAUUUGAAGCUGGGACCUUUUGUUCUGCAAGUUCAGCAGCUCAGCGCUUUAAUACACUGUGCCACCAGAGGCCCCAUAAAUACGGUAUACUCCACCGUGCUGGUUAUGAACUCUACAGCUCUAAAUAUCAGAUUACAUCUUCCUAUAUGAGCCUGCUAACAUUUUAAGAUCUUUGAGGGAGGGCUUUCUUUUGGUCCCACGGCCAUCACAGGUACAUUUGCUGAGAACAUGGAAGAUAACCUUCUUGGUGGCUGCAAUCAGGCUGUCAAACUUCCUCCUAUACAAGGUUCAGAUGGCAGGCAAAAUUAUUUUUGUUUAGGCUCAAAUAAUGUGAAAGAAAGGUUUAAUUGAGUUUAUGUGCUUUCAUCUUUUAUAUUUAUGUUUUAAAUGUAUCUGCUUUUAAUAAAAUUCCUUGCUUAAUUGUGUAUUUUUCCCUACAUUUUUUUUAGAAUACAAAUUUAGCUGUGCUUUGUAAAAACUUAUUGUAAGCUGCCCUGAAAGCCACAAUUAAGGGAAAGUGGGAUAAAAGUAAAAUAAAACAGUAUUGGAGACACAGCAUGCAGCAUGGACAAGCCUUCCUUGUACACAUUGCAUCUGAUGAAAUGAGUAUCUGGAAAUUUCUGAAUGAAACAGAAAAGCAGCAGAAACAUGGUACUUCUUUCUUUCAUGAAUGUUACACACGUAGCACUCUGAUCUCUGGGCAACAUAUCAUACUCAGAACACUUUUGUGAAAAGCUGUAAAACCUGCCCAAUAACUGGAAAUGGUGAAUCCAGAAAUCAGCACAUCAAUGCUCAUAAGUAAGGGCAAGACCUUUCUGUCAAUGUUCAUUUACUGAACACAUGCUUGGGGGAAUAUUCUCUGUGGAGCUGUAAAUAUUCCCAUUGUAGUAAUAUAGUGUGGAGAUCAUUGCCCAAGGCUACUGAAUGUUUUUAAUUGGAACAUUGGAUCAGUGAAAUAAGAAUGAAAUGAGUACCAUUACAAAUAUCGAAUACAUUGGAAGAUUAUGAAUAGUUUCUAUGGACUCCUUCUUCCAACUGCUUAUUGAAUUUUUUCAGAUAACAAUUAUAUUGUAAGAAAACAAAACAUUUGUUUGAUUAGAAGGAGGAUGGGAAAUGAAAAAAGUGCCAAGAACAAUAAAAAAGGAAUCCUUUAAAUUAUCUCGAUAUUUUUUAAUGAUUCCAGGCCUAGUUACAAUAAGAGGGAACAACAAAAAUAUAUAUUGGUAAGCUAAACAGGAAGGAUACACUUAUGGAAAUUAAAAUUGCUAAGAGUGGGCAGGAAAUCACACAAAAGCAUUUUCAAUAUAGUAGAUUAGGAAUGAGAAGAUUUCUUUCCAGUUCAUAUUUUAAUGUAGUGUCAUCUAAUUUUUGACUUCCAAAUUAAUAUACAAUGAAACCCAGUUAUUGGUUAAAACAUUAAGGAAUGGUCACACAAAACUAUAUACAUCAGUAUAAAUAAUGUUAAAAUGGUAUUAGGAAAAUCGUUUGCAAAAUGUAUAUAUAGGAUGCAUAUAUUAGGAGAAUCGUGCAUGAAAUGCGCAUUUCAUAUCUAUAUAUAUCUGUAAGUAUUCAGAAUGAGUGAAAUGUAAGAAUGGGAAAAAAUUUAAGUUCAAAAUUAAACAAACUGAAGACAGAAAAAGUGGAAAAGUAAGAGGAAUUGAAAUCAUGGCAGGGAUUUUGCAAUCCAUGUGCCAUCCAAGGAAAGCAGAAGCCACAGCUUUUGUAGCUUAGAAAACUGUGUAUCAUUUAAGGAAGGCAACAUCUCAUAUAGUCACAAUAUUGAGGACUAAUAGAUGAAUUGGAUUGGAUAUCUAAUUAAAAUUUAUAAUAAAAUUGAAAAAAUGUAACGUGAUAGUCUAAACAACAGCUGUAAUUUGCUUGAUUUUUUUUUGCAAAAUAAAUGAGAGAGUAAAAUCAUGUGUUAAGAAUAUCUCUCAUUUGAAAAGGAAAUAUUUCAUAUUAUUCUUUCCACCCCCAGUUUCCUAUUCCACUCUCUAUGGAAAACUUGAAUAAUAUCUCAAGGAAAAAGAAAAGAAAGAUACUAGAGAAGCAUUAUCCUGCUGUCUCAGCAUGGAUCCCUAUGGAAAAAUAACAUUGGAUGAGUGUCAAAAUAUCUUUAUAUUAAGACACUUUUCCGACAGAUAACCAUGGACAACAUCUCUGUAACAUUUCUACAUUGCUAAUCCCAGAUUAUCUACUUUGAACUGGAUUACAUGAGUCUACAUUGCCAGAUAAUCUGGGAUACGAAGAUAGAUCCAACUUUAGAGUGGCUGCAGUAGUUGAUUUUUUUCCACACUAUUUAGUGAACUGGAUGUUUUUUUUCUUCAUUUCCUAAUUUAAAAUGUUCUGAUAAAUUUUAAGGCCAGAAUCUUCUAUGAUAGAUAGAUACUGCUUCCUAGUAAGUGGGGAGCGGGCUAGGAUUCACUGUGUAAUACUGUAACUAUGGUGCUUAUGCAUAUGUAAAUCCCAUGCAAGAUACUGAUCAAUAUCUAUGGAAACAAAUGUAAACUAUUGACAAAUUUGAUUUUAAAAAGGACAGCUCAGAUCUAAAUUAUUUGAACUACUCUUUUGUCCCUUAUGUACCUGCCUGUAGUUUGGAGUUUCUGGGGAGGUCCUUCUCUCUAUUCCACCUAUCUUAGGCCCCUUCUGCACUGCCCUUUAUCCCAGGAUCGGAUCCCAGAUUAUCUUAUUUAAAAUGCAUUAUAUGAGUCUCCACUGCCAGAUAUUCUGGGAUAAGCAGAUAAUCUAGGAACAGAUCCUCAGAUAUAGGGGCAGUGUGGAAGGAGCCUUACAGAUUCAUCUAGUUAAAACAUUGGAGAUAACUGUCUCAGUGACUGUUCCCAGGUUCUGGAACAACAACAAGAAGUACUACUGUUAUCAAACACAGCACCCACCACCUUGAAGGAUUUAUAGUCCAUCAAGGACAACUCCACUAAGAACACGAAGAUGUUGACAAACUGGAAUUUGUCCAGAGGAGGGCAACUAAAAUGAUCAAGGGUCUGGAGAACAAGCUCUAUGAGGAGCGGCUUAAAGAGCUGGGCAUGUUUAGCCUGCAGAAGAGAAGGCUGAGAGGAGACAUGAUAGUCAUGUAUAAAUAUGUGAGGGGAAGUCAUAGGGAGGAGAGAGCAAGCUUGUUUUCUGCUGCCCUGAAGACUAGGAUGCGGAACAAUGGCUUCAAACUAUAGGAAAGGAGAUUCCACCUGAACACCAGGAAGAACUUCCUCACAGUGAGGGCUGUUCGGCAGUGGAACCCUCUUCCCCAGACUGUGGUGGAGGCUCCUUCUUUGGAGGCUUUUAAGCAGAGGCUGGAUGGCCAUCCGUUGGGGGUGCUUUGAAUGCGAUUUCCUGCUUCUUGGCAGUGGGUUGGACUGAAUGGCCCAUGAGGUCGCUUCCAACUCUAUUAUUCUAAGAUUCUGUGAUUCUGUGACCUGUGCUAAAACAAAUGAAAUUGUUCCCUCUCCUCUGCUCUUUGAAGAGUCCCCACAACCUUUUUGACAGACCAGCAGCAGCAGAUCCCCAAAAGCCCAUCUUCCCUUUAUAGGCUUUUAUUCCUUUUUUUAUUAACAACCCACAGAUAGGUGUACUAUGGCUCAUCUAAAUGAGGUCUGCAGCAGUGGAUCCCUCACAUAAAGCAGCCCCUAUAUCCUUUCUGAAUAAAUUGUAUCCUUUUCUGCAGCCUCUUGAUAUGUUUUUAUCCUCUAUCUCAGCCUCUCCUAUAUAUCUAUGCUCAUCUGAUCUAAUAUAUUAAUCAAAUUAUGCUUUCUGCCUGGACAAGCCACUGGAGCCAUCACCCCUUGCUGUCCUCCCGGAGGACUUUCCUAAACUCUCAAGAUGGGCUAUUCCACUGACAUAGGGGACCAUGAAAGAGUCAUUGAUUAUGAAAUACCUCUACUGAUCCACAUAUGUGCACUUAUGUAUAACUUGGACACUAGUUUAAAAUGGACAAUAUUCAAAUGUAACUAAUAUGAUUCACCUUAUAUUUUGUCUCCCUUCCCCAGCUUUUUAAUGAAAUAUACUUUAUAUUUUGAGAACACUAAAGAAAGACAAGCAGCACUGACUUCUUCAAUUCGGCCUGACCCAGGGCAGAGACCACAAUCCACAGGAAUGUCCUGCUGUGCCUCAAGCAGAGAGAGCAGCUAAAGGCAGGAACAAACAACUCCAGCUGAUGAGCUUAUGAUUCCUUUCUGAAGUCAUCACAGAUGUGGCCGAGCCAUCAGAUGUACAAAUCCUGACACAAAAGACUUCUGAUCACCCACACAUCCAAAAAGGACAUUCCUUUAUUUGACCAGUGUAACGAACUCAAGAAAUCAUCUCCCAUUGUCCUUGGCAUCAUGGACUCCAUAUCUGCAUAAUCCUGUCAUCUCCAUACCUGGACAUCCAUUGUCUUCAGAACUUCAACUUAAGUCCUCCAAAUGUGGACUGCAUUUCCUGAGGACUCCCUCUGCCCAGAGAGGCAUCCCCACCCAGUUGAUUGGCUGCCCCAAGGCUUCCUCGCCCAGCAGAAAGAGGAUCCACUGGCUGCAUCAUCAACGCCUGCACCAACUAGGAGAUCUUUAAACAAGUGAUUUUACUUCCAAACUGAAAUAAUGUGGGGUGUUCAAGCAGGACUGGAAUCAAGUGUUCUGCUGCAGAAGAGGCCAUCUGGAGGAAGAAGAAGGCAGAGGAACUGACGUUAAAAUCAUUCUGUCUCCUGCUGCGGGCCUACUGCCCUCCUCGCUUUCCCUCAGCAUUGGCUACUGAACCGAGAGUCUGUCUUACCUAUUGGUCUAUUUGAACGGUGUACCCAUCCUAGACCAUUUGGCGUAGUUAUUUUUCUCCCCUUUUCUGUUCUUUUCCUCCCCUGUUAAAUUUAUGUUGUUUUUAGUAAUUAUACUGUUUUUAAUUGAUUCUAGGCCAUUAAUACUUGUUGGUUAGUGUUAUUGAUAUUUUAUAGGUUUACUAGGACUAGGUUAUCACACAAUUCCCUAGAAAUGACCGACAUUUAUGGAAACCAUGAAAUGUCCCAAUUGUGCCAGCUGAUGGGAAGGUCUUUUAGCCUAGUCCUCUCUCAGCUAGUAACAUUGAACGAGAAAGUAGAUCUUCUUCUUAAAGGAUUCUCGUUGAUGGCAAAUAACUUUCCUCAGCAUAAUACCCCUGGGGAGGAAAUUAAUAUCAUUGGACAUAACUCAACGGAGAUCAGUUGGCCCUCAGAUAUGAUCGGAGAGGGAGAGAUUGGACAACAUAAGGGUAGCAAGGAUGAAAUACUAGACAAUGGGGAAGCUGAGGGAGGAGGAAAUCUGUCUGGUGAACAACAUGGACAGGGGAAAGAUGAGAGUAUGGAUUUUGAAACGGGAGCACCAAAGCAGAUAAUGAACACUUCGUUGGGGAUCGACUUUCCCCUCUGGUCUGCAGGAUGCCAUUAUGACCAUCCGUUUCAAGUGGAACAACUGGCAUUUGAUAUCAAAGACUUUCAACUGAAUAGAGGCAGAUGGACCUCAAAAAGAGGGAUUCGGAGGUCCUUGGCCCAAAUUCUUUCUAGGAGCCUGAAAGAAAUCAAGAUUAAGACCAUCUCUUGGCUUCACAAGGACUUCCAGUCCUAUGAUCACUCGCCUCGCCUCAUUACCACCUUUGAGGUCAAGCGGUUAAUAGAAGAACUAUGGGCUCUCAGGUCCCAGCUGAACUCUUGGGGUAUCACCAUCAGAAGGGUAAUUGUAGACCCCUCGACUCGCCCUCUUAUGCCCAACCUGCCCUCACAUACCCGAGCCCCGGCUAAGUCAAACAGGAUGUUUAACCCUUUGUGCAGGUCCUCUUCCCCGGUAAAUCCGCUUUCAGUUAAAUCUGCUCAACCCCUCUCCAUACCCUGCCCACAAGCCCUGCUUUCUAACACCUUGUCAAGCUGCUUCGAGAGGUCUCCUUCCUUUGAUAGGCUCUAUCUGUCCCCUUCUCUAGACACUACAUAAGAUGGAGAUCCUUGCAGCCCUUUGAAUUCAGGGAGCUGACUAGGCCCUCUUAAUAACAUUUCAGUACAGCCAGGAUCUCUGGGGUGUGG